UUCACCUGAAGCUUUCAAACCGGUGGCCGACAUGACUGCUGUAGAAGAUACUCCUGUGUCGCGUCGACUACGCAACGUAAAGAACAUCAUCAUCGUCUGCUCCGGGAAAGGCGGAGUUGGCAAGUCCUCGGUCUCAACCCAGCUCGCGCUCUCCUUGCGCGCAUCUUCCCCGACAGCACGAGUCGGAAUCCUUGAUGUGGAUUUGACUGGGCCUUCCAUACCACGGAUGCUGGGUCUCGACGGUCACUCGGUGCAUCAAAGCAGCGACGGGUGGGUCCCUGUAUACGCCGACGGGAGCGAGGCACGGCUCGCAUGCAUGAGCGUCGGCUUUCUGCUCAAGCGGAAGGAGGACUCGGUCGUCUGGAGGGGCCCAAAGAAGAACGCAAUGAUCCGACAGUUCUUGAGCGACGUCCGGUGGGGCGAGCUCGACUACCUCGUCAUUGACACCCCGCCCGGCACGUCGGAUGAGCACCUCUCCCUCGUCGAGCACAUGGCGCCCGUGCAUGCCCGCCUCUUCGCCGUGAUCGUGACGACCCCGCAGGCGGUCGCGCUGCUCGACGCGCUCAAGUGCCUCUCGUUCACGCGCGCGACGGCGCUGCCCGUGCUCGGGCUCGUCGAGAACAUGAGCGGGUACGUCUGCCCGUGCUGCGGCGAGAUCAGCAACGUGUUCUCGACCGGGGGCGGCGCGGAGAUGGCGCGGCGCGAGGGGCUGCCGUUCUUGGGGAGCCUGCCGGUCGACACGGAGCUGGUGACGCUGCUGGACGCGGCGGAGGGCGAGCGGCCGGGCGAGUCCGCGGAGCGAGCGGCGGGCGGGAGCGAGCGGUCGUUCGGCCUGCUCGAGCGGUAUCAGAGGACGCCGACUGCGCCGCUGUUCAAGGACAUCGUGGACAAGAUGCUGGAGAAGCUGGCGAGGACGCGUUCGCAGCGGGAGGCUGAAGCGUCAGAAGCUUCUCAGGUCUUAGCUUCUCCGGUUUCGUGAGGAGAAGAGGAUAUUAUCGCUGUGCGGUGACGUGGCUUGAAUGCUAGGCUCUUGCUCGGUCGCUGAGGGCCGUUCUCGCAGGGAAUAUUGUAUGCAUAUUAAACGUGUGCCAUAUGCACGACAAUGUGACUGCUGUCGCCGCUGUCAUCGCAAUGCGGGGAUAGAAGCGAG